GUCCUGAGGAUGAUAGGGAGGCCUGAGGUGCUUCUUCUAUGGCGGUCUCUCUCUCUCUCUCUCUCUAUCUCUCUCACAAGUUCUGACCAACUGGAACUGAGUUGACCCACUUUCCUUGUUUGUUGCAGUGUGAUCCCAGAGCGCAGAAACAGAGCUGAAGCUAAAGAUUGGUCUCAUUCAUUUCUGGUUGUUGUUGUUGUGUAGAGAGGAAGUGAAGAAAGAAGAAGGAAGAUGAAUGGGAGUAAUAAGAAUGGAGGAGGAGGAGGAGGUGCUAAUGAGUACAUUAGGAGGCACCAUAGGCACGAGCUGAAGGAUCAUCAGUGUAGCUCUACGCUCGUCAGGCACAUCAAGGCCCCUGUUCACCUUGUUUGGUCAUUGGUAAGACGGUUUGAUCAACCCCAAAAGUACAAGCCAUUCGUGAGCAGGUGUGUUGUGCAGGGAAAUCUUGAGAUUGGAAGUCUCAGAGAAGUUGAUGUUAAGUCUGGGCUUCCUGCCACCACUAGUACUGAGAGGUUGGAGCUUCUUGAUGAUGACGAGCAUCUUCUUAGCAUUAAAAUAAUCGGAGGAGAUCACAGACUUAGGAACUACUCUUCAAUCAUUUCCCUCCAUCCAGAGAUCAUUGAUGGAAGACCAGGGACUGUGGUGAUCGAGUCAUUUGUGGUUGAUGUGCCCGAGGGGAACACCAAGGAUGAAACCUGCUACUUUGUAGAAGCUUUGAUUCAGUGCAAUCUCAAAUCACUUUGUGAUGUCUCAGAGAGACUUGCGGUGCAGGACCACACUGAGCCAAUAGAUCGGCUCUGAAAAUUGAAGCUGAGAACAUAUGAUGGAGGCAGGGAGCUGCCAUGGAUGAAGCUUCCGAGCUUUCGUAUCUCGGCGGUUUUGGAGACAGACUGGCAGUAGUAUGCUUCCAUUUCACACACAUGCAGCACCACAUUCAUGUCUCAUUUUUGUUUGCUUUGUUUUCUGUUCAAGAUGAUAUUUCAAAACUCCCGUUGAAGUUUAAGGACCAUAGCUGUCAUAAAGGUUUCUGUAACUCUUCGUGCAUGAAAAAAUAGAGUGAAAAAAGGUCCGUGGUUCUAUUCUCUUGUAUUCCUGGGUUUUGUUCCAACUGAUUUUUGGUUGUGUAUACCUGAUUGCUGAGAGUGUUUAUAUUUAGUUCUAAUUGCAUAUUA